AUGUCGGCCGGGGUGCCGUACAUCGGUAGCAAGAUCAGCCUGAUCACCACCUCGGACAUGCGGUAUGAGGGGAUCCUCUGCACGCUGAACCGGGAGGAGUCCACCAUUGCGGUGCAGAACGUGAGAUCCUUCGGCACCGAGGGGCGCACCGAGGGCGCUCGGGGGCAGCACGAGGUUCCGAUGUCCAACGAAAUUUACGACUUCAUCGUUUUUCGAGGAAAGGACCUCAAGGACCUCACAGUCCUGCAGGAGCUCCGAGAAUCCCAGCCCACGAGGAGGCUCCGCCUGUCUACAGCGGGCCUCCACCUCGCGAGAGCUACCUAG